GGUUGUGAGUUGAAGGCUUUAGCGAGCACACUCGUAUGCUAUGUGCUAUGGAGAAUGCUUAACUUCACUUAAUGGCGCCUUGGACUGCUUUUGCUGUGCAGAUUGAAGUUAGCUAAUAUAGCUAGACGUAGAUUGAGCGUCUGUCAUACUUGUGUAACUUCGCUAGCUAGAGUUGCCGAGAUUUCUGUCAUCAGAUUGUCAAGCAGCUGUGUUUCGCACAUUCUGUAUUGAACGGCACCAUGUCCCAGGGCCAGAAUUUCCUGCCCAAGUUCCUGUUUCUGAGCAACCUGCUGAAGGCGAUGAGGAUCAGGGAGCGAGUGCUAAAUGAUGUGAUGAAGCCCUCGGCCAGCGGCAGCGUGGCCCACCACCUUCACAGCACGCACAGGCAUACUCUGGAGAUGAUCCGGAUGAGCCACUUCCCACAGGCCUUCCGAGACAUCAUUCAGGCGGCCAUCUUGGACCGCGCCAUGCAGGUUUCCUUGGAGAGGGAGAAGAGGCUCAACUGGUGCCGGGAGGUCAAGCGGUUGGUGCCACUGCGCACAAAUGGUGAUGGCAACUGCCUGCUCCAUGCUGCUUCCCAGUACAUGCUGGGUGUUCAGGACACGGACCUAGUCCUGCGCAAGGCUCUGCACAGCCUACUGAAGGAGACAGACACCCGCAAUUUCCGCAUGCGCUUCCAGACAGAGCUGCUGCAAUCACAGGAGUUCACACAGACAGGGCUGUGCUACAACACACUAAACUGGGAAGAGGAAUGGGAGAAGAUUGUCAACAUGGCUUCUCCCGAAUCUGGUCGUAGCGGUCUGCAGUAUGACUCAUUGGAGAACAUUCACAUCUUCGUUCUGUCCAAUAUCCUCCGCAGGCCAGUUGUUGUCAUUGCAGAUCAGGUGCUGAGAAGUCUGAAAUCAGGCUCCUCAUUUUCCCCUCUAAACGUGGGGGGAAUUUACCUGCCGCUGCAUUGGCCCCCAGGAGAGUGCUACAAGUAUCCCAUAGUGCUUGGCUAUGACUCACAGCACUUUGCUCCCCUCAUCACCAUCAAAGAUAGUGGACCAGAAAUCCGAGCCGUGCCACUGGCCUACCCAGGGAGAGGUGUGUUUGAGGAUCUCCAAGUCCACUUCCUCAUGGAGAAGGAGCAGCAGCAGAAAGCCAAGCUGAUCAGAGACUACCUGACAGUGAUCGAAAUUCCUGUGAACGGAUUCUGCUAUGACACGACCCACAUUAUCAAUGCAGCAAGACUGGAUGAAGGGAACCUUCCAGAGGACAUGGACCUGAUGGAGGACUACCUGCAGCUGGUCAACCAUGAGUUCAAGCUCUGGCAGAAGGAGAAGGAGUCGUCCUCAGAGCCUUGGCCCCAGGGCCCCCCUCGCUUCUCCAUCUCCCAGCUCUCCCUCAUGCAGUCCCGUUGCACCACCCACAGGUGUCCCUUCUAUGCGUCGGUGGGCACGCAGCCAUAUUGUCAUGAGUGCUUUGAGAGGCAUCGGGGCCAAGGGGGCCCCGAUGCCACCACCUCAGGGGACCAGACAGGGCCCGCGGUGGGACCAGCAGCAAAGGUAACGACUGCCCUGGCGGCCCCUAUGCUUCUGCAGAGCCCCCGAUCAGCACCCCCCACCGCCCCAAGCCUUGUACUGUACAGUGAGACCAAUGCUAUGAAGUGCAAAACGCCAGGCUGCCUCUUCACCCUCAACAUGGAGCACAGUGGACUCUGCGAGCACUGCUUUCAUGCUCAGCAGAACAGCCCACCCAUGGAGGUGGUAGGCAGGGCAGGGGGCAGAGCGACACGGGAGGUGGAGCGGUGCAACCUUUGUCGGCAGGAGGCCUUUAGGAUAUUCAACGGACUGUGCCCCCCUUGCAUCAGGAGUACUGUGAAUGGUAGCGGGGACCAGCAGCAACAGCAGCAGCUGUCUUGGACUGACCUCUCUUCCUGGGUGCGGUCAGCACCGAAUGGCCCAGAGGCCUCCACCACAUCUGGACCCUACAGGCACACAGAGUCAGGCAGGCCCUGUAAGAGGGCUGGAUGCACAUAUUACGGAACGCCAGAGAAGGCAGGCUUCUGCACAGUGUGUUUUGUGGACUAUGAAACCAAUCAUCGGCAGGACCCUGCGGGGGCAGUCCACAGGGGGUCUUCCUCCUCAGGCCGCACCUUCCACACCUCCUCCCGUGGUCUGUGCGGCUCCCAGUCCUCACCGCUGAUCAUGAGAGCUGCACAACCGAGGCCAAACGGGAUACAGUGCAGCCGCAACAACUGCAGCAACUUCUCUGCGGGCAGGGUGGAGCUAUGCCUGGAGUGCCACACCCAGAGCCAGAGAGAGGCACGCAGGAGGCCGGUAUCUGAGGAGAUGCCUAAACAUCGCUGCAGGACCCCAGGCUGUGACCACUAUGCAAACCAGCAGAAGCAAGGCUACUGUAAUGAGUGUGACCUCUUCAAACAAAUAUAUAGCGGGUAAACCAAUGGACCACGACUGACAAGGUUGGUCCGUACCAGUCUUUCAGUCAGAAUCUGAUACCAGUGCACUUGCUACCAAAACUAAUAUCUAAAGUGAUAAGCUUGAACAUAUGGUUUCAUCCAAGUUUUUAUAAAGGAUUAUAAAAUAAGCAUAAGCGUAACUGACGUGGGACCUCGGUUGUUAAUCAGAUGUUGAAGGCCUUGGCAGCCACUGUCAUUAAGUUAUCCAGUUUGUUUGAAUGUGAAAACAGGUUUGCCUGUACUCCUGGUUUCAGAAAUAUGGUGCUAAAGGUACAUAAAACACUCACAUUUUAACUUUAUGUUUAUGGGUUACACAUCAAGUUAUGUCCUUUCCCCUCUGUCUUGUGCUUGCUUGAAAUUCCACCAGCCUGUUCAACCACUGCUCACUUUUGUGAAGUGUGAUUAGCCUCAUCUUUGUUACGUUGAAGGUUUUCAAAGUCUAGUGUCUAAGAUCAAUUUUGGCCAGUCCUGGCUAAAGAUUCACUGUCAGCAGGGAUCUGUAGAGAUACUUUUCCUACAUUUGGAGCCAUAGGUGAUUCAAGCCUCAGUCCAAUAACCACUAGCAUAACCAGGAAGUUUCUUUGUUGCUGAGCUUGAAUUGAAAGCAGUCAUUUGGCUGUUUAACACAGUGCAAACAAACAACGUUCACAACAUUGGUCCAGAAUAGCAGCCUGAGGACACUCCCAAACAGGACUUGGUAGCCAUGGCUACUCCUUUCUCCACUGAAAAACACUUAAAAGCCCUGUUCAGACAUGCCACUUGUGAACACAAUUUUUAUGCAUACACCGUAAUUUAUUAUAAUGAAAUCUUAACAAAAUUUGAGGGGAAAAACACAGUUGGUCGAGAAGGAAACGAAAACCAUAAAAGCAUGAAAAAUCCCCACAGUAGUCGAAACACCAGUGUGCACCUGAGAGCAACGUGAUCUGAUGGUGAACCUUGGAGAAAACAGCCUGUGCAGUUCUGCAAAAGCUUUUGGCACCUCUUCCUCCUUGGGUCAACCCACUAACUAUUUUUAUGAGUUUCCUUUUCUGUCAUUUCCCUCUGCUGUUUAUUGUCUAUUCGCAUGUUGCAUAUGCACAAACUGACAUUUUGCAUUAAGAUAUACACACUUUGUGAUUACUCUUUACCUGACAAUAGCAUAACCUGAAAAAAAAUAUUACAGGUAUACCUUGAAUAUAUAGUGUACCUUUGUAUUAGAUAAAUAAGGAAGAAAACAAAAACAGCACUUUGGUACAGUCAAAGUAAUUACAAUGUACAAGAGACGUUUGACAGCUCCUGCUAGACUUUUCUAUUUAUGAGUUUGAACAAGAUUCAAGCAUGCAUACUUGCACCAUAGUUUAUAAGUAUGUUCUGGAUUAUGGUAUGGUACUUUAUUUCACUUCAGCUGUGA